GUUGACAUCAUGGCUGAAAGGAGGGCAUUAUUUGAACAUUCGUUCUAAAGUUGAUCAAGUUUCUCCUUAAUCAAAUUUAUGUAAGGGACUUAAAUGUAUGCAAAUUGUCUUUUAUGUUAUGUUAAUAUUUCAAUAAUCAAGGAAAUAUUAUAUAUUGGACUUUUGUUGUAUAUUGAUUGAAAAUGUAAAUACAGGUCUAGGCUUGCUUUGAGCUGUUGAGUAUAUCAUAUGAUACCGUAUCAGAUACGUACAUAUAGGAAAUAAAAAUGGAUGACGACUUAGACUUCACAGAUGAUGAAAUAAGAGAUGAAUUAUCAAAGCUAGGAUACAGAAGUAUACCCAGGGAAAGACUCCAAGAGUUUAAGAAAGAUUUACGAGUACUAAUACAGCAUGAAAGAAGCAAGCUAUCCAAUGACACAAGCCUUUCUUCUCGCAUGCAGACAGACGCCUCAGAUUCCUUUUUAGAUCCAUCCCAUAGACAACAAGAAGAUUCUCCACCUAGUCAUAGUUAUUUCUCUAUGGAAAAGGAAAACAGACCACAGCGAUAUGAUUAUGGGGAUCCUAUUAUCAGAAAGCCUCUCCAACCAAGUCAGUUGCGAGGAGAAUUUGCCUUAUAUGAUAGUCGUCUAGACAGUACAAAGGAUGAUUUUUCUGGUUCAGAAUCAGGCAGCAGGAUGAUGAAAAGGAAAGUGCUUAGAAAGAAAACAGAUGGGUCCAAGGUGAUAGAUGAAUCAUUCACAGAGAGUGAAUCAGGAAGUGUUUUAGAUAUCAAUGAGAGACUGCGACUGUUGGGAAUUGAUACAGACAGACCUAGAACAGCCCCUGCUGCAGAGCCCCCUUACCGUCUUUCUCCAGAUGAUCCCAGGCCUGCCUCAGUUAUUUUGAGACCAUCGGAACAUCCACACAUGAGGAACGUACGCAAGUCUGACCCUGUAGCGCGAUACCAACAGUUCCGGCAGUCUUGGUGUCAACAACGUGCACCAGGUGAAAAGAAGCACAACCAGCUACGAUGGAACAUCAGGGAACAAAUGCUUGCGCAGGACCAGGUCAUAGAAAAGAAACCACAGCGAGUAUAUGUUCCAAACAAAUAUGUCGUACCUACAGACAAACAGAGAAAAUCACUGAGGUGGCAGAUACGCAUGGACCUAGCACAGGGACAAAUGCCUGCUCAUGGCUUUUUUCAUGAAUACUGAUCUCAGGUGUUGCUGAAGGAGUUUUUUUUUACUUUCUACAUUUUUGUGUCCUGGAGGCUAUAGCUAUGAUUCCUAGCUUGGUUUUAUGGACGGGAGACAGUCAAUUUUAAUCUCAUAGAAUAUUCUGCAGAAACCAUUUAUGUAAAUCAGAAUUUGCAUACUGUAAUGUAUAUGGUUAGAAAGUUUGAUAAAAUUAUAAAUGAUGUUAAUAAAUGUCUUAAAAUUGACA